AUGCGGUUUACAUUAUUAACGGAUAAUUCUCAGUGCAGAAAUUUCAUAAAGUGAAGCGCAAAGUCUUUCAUUUUGCUUUACAUUGUAAUUACAAAAAGUAAACCGAUUUAUUAAUCCACGUUGAAAAUAAUAUAAAUAUGUAAUCUCUUCAAGUAUGUGUUCGUGUACAUGGUGAAGUAAAAACAGAUGAAUAUUUGAAUACUUGGAAGAAACGUUUUUGAAAGGUCGCUGUUUAUUAUAGAAUUUAGAAGUUUUCAAGUGAAUCCUUUUGACUUUUAAAAAUGACUGCAUCACUGUCGGUAUUAGCAAGUCUUGACGAAGUAGUAAGAUGUUCAAACGUCCUCAUAAAUGGAUCCUGCGAAGAAGAAUUUCUUCAAUUUGCUAUUAAUCAAGAAGAAAUGCGACAGAAAUGGUUGGCAUCUGUCCAAGAAUGUCAACGGCUUCAUAUAGCCUUAGAAAAAUCUCAUCAUGAAACAACGCGUCUUGAUAGAAAGCUCAAUCAUGCUAGACGUUUGUUGAAUGAGGAAAAACAGAUGCGAAGAGCUGCUGAAGAAGAGAAACAUUCUUUGGAACGACAGAUUGCUUUAGUCAGAGAUCUUCUUUUUAAUGAUGGUGGAAGAAACUUGAAUGAUGAAACCAGAGAAAAAUUACAAUUUCUCAACAAUACUUCUAUAAAUGGUAGAAACAGCAAUGUACAUAUUAAAGAUUUACACCAUAAUGAUAAACUCAACACAAUAACGGAGUUAGACUCUACUGGUUCUAUAUUAAGUGACUUUAGUUGUUUUUCAAAAUCAGAGGAUGAUUUAGAUACAAGCAUUAUUAUUCAACAAAAUCAGAAGAAAAGGGAAUGGAAAGAACAUAGACCAAGUGGAGAAUACUCUCCAAAGAAACGUCGUAGUACGUUGCAAAAAGUCACAGAAUUAAAUACUUCUGAUAAAAUAAUAGCUACUACUACUGUCACAGUGCCAAAAGAAGGUGCAAUCACUGCCUCUUCAGUAAUCGAAGCUAUACCAAUGAAUGAAACUACUAAUCCUCAAGGACCUACACAGAGUGCACGUAAAAGACGCAAAAGUUUAGAUCGCAGUAAAAAUAAAUUAACGCAAAUAGAUCUCAAUGAAAUAGCUGUUGAUACUACACCUUCAGCACCAAAAGCAGAUAUUCUUACAUCGGGUUCCGAUUCAGAAACUGCUUUCAAACCAAGUCCAAAUAUUGGUGGAUACACUUUAAAUAUUAAAAAUUCUAGAGGUCACAGUUUCACAGCAAAAACAGUCAUUAAACCUGAAAUGUGUACACCUUGUGGAAAACGAAUUCGAUUUGGUAAAGUAGCUGUAAAAUGUAGAGACUGUAAGGCUACAGCACAUACAGAAUGUAAAGAUGUAGUACCACUUCCUUGUGUUCCAACAGGAAAUACUCCUACUUUCCGUGGUACUUCAGGUACUAUAGCAGACUAUGCUCCUAUGAUCCCUCCAAUGGUGCCUUCAUUAAUAGUUCAUUGUAUUAAUGAAGUAGAAUUGAGAGGUAUGAGUGAACAAGGACUAUAUAGAGUAAAUGGCGGUAUAACGGAUGUUAAAUGUUUGAAAGAAAAGUUUCUCAGAGGCAAAGGUGCCCCUAAUCUUUCUGAAAUUGAUAUACCUACGAUCUGUUCUACACUAAAAGAUUUUCUUAGAUCUUUGCGGGAACCUUUAAUCACUGUAGCACUUUGGGCAGAUUUUGUUCGUGCUACUACUAUUCCAGAUAAAGAAGAUGCAGAUGCAGCACUCUAUCAAGCAAUUUCAGAACUUCCACAACCUAAUCGAGACACACUUGCUUUUCUUGUAUUACAUUUACAACGAGUAUCAAGUAGUGCUGAAUGUAAAAUGCCAAUAAGUAAUCUCGCUAAAGUGUUUGGUCCAACUUUAGUUGGCUUCAGUUCCCUAGAACCAUCUCCUACUUCUAUGCUUAGUGAAACAAAAAAUCAAGUUGCAAUCGUGGAGAGCUUAUUAAAAAUUCCUUCUGAUUAUUGGGCAAACUUUGUUAAUCCUGAAAAUUUGAACAAUAUUGGUACUCCUAAAACUGGAGAAUUAAGACAUACACCAUCUACAGAAUCACUAUUGAAACGUACAGCAUCUCGUGGAUUUUUCCAUACACCUCUUACAUCCAGUCGUACAUUUAUUAAGAAAAAUAAAAAAUACUUCGCAACUCCACCUUCUAGAAUAGGAUAUUAAGUAAUGUUACUAUAUUAUUACUUGUAU